CGCGAAUUUGUUGGCGAGACUACGACCAUAUGAAGCUCCCGCGACGGACACCGUACGAGCAUGCCGAUGCGCUGAACCAGCUGCACAAUCUUCUCUACUCGGAUGAUGCUCAAGCUCAGUCGCAAGGCGUUUCCAUUGCCCACGUCUGGCUGAAUCGGUCCUCAUGCCCUCACGCCGUCGAGUCAACGAGCAGCCUGGUCCAAGCGCGACUGCUUGAGUCUCUUUCUCACCCCCUACUCGAUCGACACCAGAUAGACUGGACGCUACGAAGCAGCUACUCGUCUGCGCUCCUUCGCUUUGUCAAUUCCGUCGCCGACGCCUUUCAGACGGGCCUGUACGCGCAGAGCAUCUUCAACAUCGCCCAGCGGAUCGGCCUGCCAGCUUGGUUUGUCGAACUUCGCCACGCAGCCACACACGAAGAGCUCCCCUCGCUGCAAGUCUGUCGGCAGGCUUGUCUCUCGGCCCUUCAAUGGCUCGAUGCUCACUUUUGGUGGCCGAACAUGGCCACGUCUUCUUCGGUCCAGCCAAUGACACAAGGCGUCAGUCAAGAUCUAUCCCUGUCCCUUCGAAGGAGCCUGUUGUCCUAUCGCAAGAUCGCCAAGCAGGUGGCUAGAGACGAGUCGCUUAGGAAGACUCAACAACUACGCAUAGAGAAGCUCUUUGCUAGAAUCGACGGCUCGAUCCGAGCAGUAGGAGGUUCUGUUUUUGUCGACGUAGGUCAGGAUUCCACCUUGGAAGAGGCUGUCGACAUCCUUUUCGAGCCAGGCUACAUAGUACCACUGGCAAAAAGAAAACGUCCGAGGCCCGCUGCAGACGGGUCGGUACCGCCGCUGCCUUCUCAUCUCUACAACACGUGGUUUCCACUGCUUCGUCACCUCGACCAGAGCGUUCAGGGAUUUACUAGCACGUUUCUCGAUGGGCUGCUGAGACGCCUGACAUCAAGAAAUGCCUCCCUGGCAGGGUCCAGCUACACACGCUGCAUCGCUGCUUGGCUUGUGGCUAUCUUUGGCGAAGAGCCGUGGCAUCUGGAGGGAGCUUCGUCCAGGCAGGCCAUGCAGGGAGAAGACGGCAUGAUGGAAGAUGAGGACGAGGCCAGGGACCGAUCCUACCCGAUCAAAAGGUGCCUUCUGAGCCCUACCCCGGCCUCUCUCGUCGUUGCCCGGCAUCUCAACCAAGGCAGUCAGUGGGGCCACGUACUGGAGCUCGCCAAUCUUAUCGCGACCGGCGACAAGUCUCAACGCAGCGAGCAGACGGGGCGGGAAGAGGAGCUCAUGUCCCUCAUCGAGGAGAUGGAAAGACAUUCGGAACAAGUAGACCUCGAAGAAGACGAAGCAGGUCGUCAAAUCGUGCAGAGAGCUAUCGACGAUUCAAUGAACGAGCAGGAUUGGGCUGCAAUACCCGGUUGGGCCGUUGCGCAAGACUGGCAGCCAUGCCCGCUCGGAUGCCUCCGAGGUGCUGUUCCCGUUCUCCAGCUUCCUCCAGUAUUGUACUCGCAUUAGCCAACGAAGGAAGCGCUGGUUGGAGAGAUACCAGAAUAAAGAUGAAAUUGGAAAUUCAGGCUACAACAGCGCCAAGCCAAGCUUGCCAAGCCACUCCUUGAAGCUAGCUUAGUCCAAUAGACGAAC